AUGAGAGAAAAAUACGAAAGCGAAAAGCAACGAAGCAAAGAUAUCCAGGAUGCUAAAAUCAAAUUGGAUCUUCUGAAAGUGAAGCGGGAUGAGGCAACCAGGUCGGGGGAUACGCAAACCGCUUCAGAUCUCAUAUACUAUGCCAUCCCCGAUGUCGAGAAGCGCAUCGAACAGCUUGAGGCUGAAAGAGCUCGAGUCGACGCGGAAUUAUCUAUUCAGCCAGGAGGGGGAGGGGAAACUCUUCUGGCAGAUGCUGUUGGUCCUGAACAGAUCAAUGAAAUUGUGGCUCGAUGGACUGGUAUUCCCGUUACCAAGCUCAGAACCACCGAGAAGGACAGACUCCUUCAAAUGGAAUCGCACCUCUCUAAGAUUGUCGUUGGCCAGAAAGAAGCUGUUCAGUCCGUAUCAAAUGCAAUUCGUCUCCAACGCUCUGGCCUUAGCAACCCUAAUUCCCCGCCAAGCUUCCUGUUCUGCGGUCCUUCCGGUACAGACGGCCAGGGAAGGAUCGUUGAUGCGAAGAAUUGUAUCGUCGUGAUGACUUCCAACCUUGGCGCGGAGUUCCUUCAGCGUUCCACCAUCGCAAAUGGCCAAAUAGAUUCUACCACUAAAGAACUUGUUAUGGGAACACUGCGGAACUACUUCCUACCCGAAUUCCUCAAUCGGAUUUCCAGCAUCGUUAUCUUCAACACACUAACGAGACGGGAGAUACGGAAAAUCGUUGAUCUCCGACUUGAGGAGAUCCAACAGAGACUAGAGCAGAAUGAUCGCUCGGUGACGAUAGAAUGCACGGACGAGGCCAAGGAUUACUUGGGCAAUGCUGGCUACUCGCCACUAUACGGCGCCCGACCGUUGUCACGACUCAUCGAGAAAGAGGUCUUAAAUCGCCUUGCGGUGUUGAUCCUAAAAGGCGCUAUCAAGGACGGCGAAACUGCACGUGUAGUUAUGGAAUACGGACGAAUCACUGUGCUUCCGAACCACGGUACUGAAAGCGAAGACGAGGAGAUGGUCGGCGAUGACGCGCUCGAGGAGAUGGAGGAAGACUUGGGUGAAGAUGAUCUUUAUGAAUGA